GACACGUGGGGGGUGAUGACAGUGAGGACGUGUAGCGUUGGCACCGCAUGGAACCAGAAGAAUCAGACCUGCGCCGACGCUUUCGACGGGAAAGUGGUAAAACCUUUUGCUGCAGUGACCCAGCCCCCAACGCCAGCCCCAACAACCACACAGGCACCCACUACAAAGCCAGCAACCCAGCCUCCCAUCUCUAACCCCUGUACCCCGCAGAACAUCGCACUAAACAAACUGUUCUUCCCACACCCCUACGAUAACACCAAGUACCUCCAGUGUGAUCUGUGGGGGAACGUGUGGGAACAGAGCUGCCAGCCGGGGAUGGUCUGGGACCAAAGGUACGAGACCUGCGUUCCAUCACCUGGCGGGCCAGUUGUGUUUAAAGUGACCACUAGCACUGCUGCACCGACAACAACAACAACUACUACAACCACCACAACCACUCCAAAGCCCACCACAACCACUACUACCACUACCCAAGCCCCAACCAACACACCAGUCAAGAACCCCUGCACCGUACAGAACAUUAAUGCUGGUCGUAUAUACCACCCAUACCCCGGAGACAAGACCCGCUACAUCCAAUGUGACCUGUGGGGAAGUAUGUACGUGAAGCAGUGCGGUGCCGGCACUUGGUGGAACCAGAAAAACGAAACUUGCGUCGACGCCAUCGCCGAGGCUGUAAUCAACGGUAUUGUCAAACCCGCUGUGCGUGCAGUAUCCAUUACAAACCCCUGCACUCCAGACAACAUUGCCAAUAACAUUUUCUACUUCCCAUACCCCGGGGAUAAAACUAAAUACAUACAGUGCGAUAAAUGGGGCAAUAUGUAUGUCCAGAGCUGUCCGGCAGGAUUGUGGUGGUUUCAAAAGAAUGAAACCUGCGUCAGAGCUUUGCCUAUGCCUGCUGUCAUGAGAGUGUCUACCACCACCACCACGACCCCUGCACCACUAGUGAACCCGUGUACCCCACAGAACAUCGCACUGGGCAAACUGUUCUUCCCACACCCCUACGAUAACACCAAGUACCUCCAGUGUGAUCUGUGGGGGAACGUGUGGGAACAGAGCUGCAAAGCGGGGAUGGUCUGGGACCAGAGGGCUGAUACAUGCGUUCCAUCAUCUGCCAUUCCAGUUGUGUUUAAAGUGACCCCUAGCACCGCGGCACCGACAACAACAACAACCACUACAACCACCACAACCACACCAAAGCCCACCACCACCACUACUACCACAACCCAAGCCCCAACCAACAAACCGGUCAAGAACCCCUGCACCGUACAGAAUAUUAAUGCUGGUCGUAUAUACCACCCGUACCCCGGAGACAAGACCCGCUACAUCCAAUGUGACCUGUGGGGAAGCAUGUACGUGAAGCAGUGCGGUGCCGGCACUUGGUGGAAUCAGAAGAACGAAACCUGCGUCGACGCCAUCGCCGAGGCUGUAAUCAACGGUAUUGCUAAGCCUGCUGCACGUGCAGCAUCUAUUACAAACCCCUGCACUCCAGACAACAUCGCCAAUAACAUUUUAUACUUCCCAUACCCCGGGGAUAAAACCAAAUACAUACAGUGCGAUAAGUGGGGCAAUAUGUUUAUAAAGAGUUGUCCGGCGGGACUGUGGUGGUCCCAGAAGAAUGAAACCUGCGUCACCUCUGUACCUACGCCUGCUGGCAUGAGAGUGUCUACCACGACCCCCGCACCACUGGUGAACCCGUGUACCACGCAGAACAUCGCACUGAACAAACUGUUCUUCCCACACCCCUACGAUAACACCAAGUACCUCCAGUGUGAUCUGUGGGGGAACGUGUUUGUACAGAGCUGCAAAGCGGGGAUGAUCUGGGACCAGAGGGUUGAGACCUGCGUUCCAUUCCGUGGUCGCAGGGCGGCAAUUUUUAGCCAUCCUUGCACUCCCGAGAACAUCAAGGCAGGCAAUAUGUUCUUUGCCUAUCCCGCAAAUAAGUACAAGUAUAUCCAGUGUUCCAUUUGGGGCGGACAGUUCCUGAUGUCUUGCGGUGCAGGCACGUGGUGGAACCAGCUUGGACAGACCUGUGUUGAUGCCGCCUCUGAGGCCCUCAUCAUCGCCAGCCAUGGAAAACCAGCUUCGUGGGGCAGGACAACACCAGCACCGGCCACAACCAACAGACCCAUCGUCAACCCCUGCACCCCUGCAAAUUUGGCUCUGAAGAACAUCCUCUUUGCACACCCAUGGGAUGCAACCAAGUACCUGCAGUGCAACCCACAGGGUAUUAUGUACAUUAUGAAUUGCCCCAGGGGAACGUUCUGGAAUCAGAAACACGUUCAGUGCUCGUCCAGCAUUGGAGACCUGGUGGGGAAAUCUACGCCUCCACCAAAGACAAAUCCACCCUCCACAGCUCCACCAACCACUACUCAACCACCAACCACCCAGCCACCAACCACUACUCAACCACCUACAACAACCCAACCUCCUACAACCACUACACAACCACCGACCACCACUACUUCCACCCCAAAACCAACCACCACUGAAAAAAUAACAACUGUGCCAGCCACAACAAUGCCUCCAUCAACCACCGGACCUCCCAUCCCCAAUCCUUGCACUCCAGAGAAAAUAGCGGCCGGGAUACUGGUUUUCCCAUACAAACCAGACAAAUCCAAGUACCUCCAGUGUGACCUUUGGGGCAAGGUGUACUUGGUGGAGUGUCCAAAGGGAACGCAGUGGAACCAAACAGCCGAGCAGUGUUCCGGCGGCGCCAUCACCCGUAAAACCUUCGGUAGUGGUCUGAGGACCACAUUGGACAACCCGUGUACCCCUGAAAACAUCAACGCCGGCAAGUACUACUUCCCCUACCCGGGUGACAAGACCAAGUACAUCCAGUGCGACCUCUGGGGCAAUAUGUACAUCCGGAACUGCUCCGAGGGGACCGUGUGGAACCAGAAGAAUGAAACAUGUGUCCAGGUUGACCCAGAUCAGCCAGGAGCCAGUGUUAAGACAGACAAGGUGAAGCUCAUCCCGCUGGCACUCAAUAACCCCUGCACUCCAGGCAGCGUCAAGUCCGGGCACGUGUUUUACGCCCACCCUGAUCCCAAGAUGUACAUCCAGUGUGAUCGCCUCGGAAACCCCUUGCUUCAUAAAUGCCACAGUGGCAUGAAGUGGGACGACACACAGAAGCGUUGUGUUAGUACCAAGAGUGUGGUCUUCAUCAGCGGACCGUAAAUCAGUCCGCAAUCUUUGACUGCCCACGACUUUACCUAUGCCAACCUUGAUUUCGUACGUUCUUAGUGUAGAAUUCACAAAGUCUCUUCAUGGCCAAAAUCAGACCUGCUGUAUGUGAAUCAGGCACAACUUUUAUCUAUGCAGUAUUCUCGUCUUCAUACACACGUUAAUGUAGUUGAUAUCUUCAAUGAAAAAUCUUUAUUUUUGUUUACGAGACCGUCGUUUAUUUAUCAUACAAAUCAUCAUGCUAAUCACCUGCUUACACAGUGUAUAUCACCUGACAGUUAAAUGGUUUCAGUGUAAUUGAUUUGUAGAGACUUUUUUCCGCAAUGCGAUUCACUGAUUUAACGUCAAAGGAGACGGUUACAUCGGUUUAUAUUGUGAUUGAAAUUUAAGAUUCCCAAAAUAAAUAUUAAAUGCACGAAA